AUGACCUCACACACCAGCAGUUUCUAUCACUGGCGGCACUCCCGGAAGCCUCGGGGCUCUGACGUGCAUUCGUCUGGCUGCGGCUUCACCCGCGCGGUGAUCCUUUCGGUUCGAGAUGCGGCCAAAGUUCGCAGUGUGGUUCGAGAAACCAAUGAAGUCACCCCUAACACUGAUGUGAUACUGACUACUAUCCAUCUCGACGAUUUCACCUCUGUCGUCAAGGCAACCGCCGAGAUUGCGGGUCAGGUUGAUAAGAUUGAUGUGCUCAUCAACAAUGCCUGUAUCAUGGCCAUUCCAUGGGCGACGAACAAGGCCAGGAUUGAAAAGGAACUGGCUUUGACCGCUUACGGUGAAUCCAAGACAUCGAACAUCCUUGUCACCGUGGCCUUGGCGGAUCGGCUUGCAGAAGAACAUCCAGGGUACAUGCCAAGUACCUCCAUUAUCGCUCAUCUGCCUGAGCUUGAUUUCAAGGAGAUUGAUGCCACCACUCGAGAAAACACCGGCUUUUCCGCAGACGUGGAGCCCAAGAAAGCACUGGGCCAAGGCGUUGCAACUACGCUGGUCGCAGUACUUUAA